AUGAAAAGACACACCACAGAGGAAGCAUCAUCUCCAUCAAAAUCCAGCAAAACUGUGCCAACAGCUGCACCUUUUUCAUCGGAGAGUUUGGCACAAAUUUUGUGUUUUCUACAUGUUGAAGAUGUUGUGAGUGCUUCGAUGGUUUCUAAUCAGUGGAAUGCAACUUGUAUUGAUUAUCAGGAAACUAUCUGGAAGGCUGUCUGUUACAAUUCAUUGAAUGAUCUGGAAAAGUAUCCAUUCAUGAAGAAUGUUAAAGGAGGAACAUUUGAUAUUCAAGCUUAUGAGGGAAUUUAUUCUUCAUGGAAGGAAACUUUUGUUAAAAUGUUUUAUGGACAACUCAAGGAAUUUACAUCCCAAUAUCAAAUGUAUGUGAAUGAAGUGUUUGCUGAUGUAGAGGAUAAGGAGAAUAUAUUAGAGACCAUGAAGAAGAGAUCCACUCUUGCAAUUCCCUACACUUUUAAAGGUCAACAACAAGAGCAAAAUGAAGUAUUUGGAGACGAGGGGACUGAAGAAAAGAAAGAUGAUGAGGAAAAAGAUGAAGAUGAAGAAGGAGAUUGCAAAGACAAUACCCCUAUUGGAUCAAGUAAGAUUGGUGGACUUCCUGACCUACCAAAAGGAAUGAAAUGGCCAAAUGUAAUCGAUGACGAAGAACAAUUGCUCAAGUUUGUGUGUCAAAUCGAUUUGAGAGAUCUCAAAAACUAUCACUCAGUUAAGGGAAUAUUACCAAGAUGUGGCUGGUUGUUUUGCUUUAUUGAUUGGGAGAAUUUGGAAAGUGAUGACUACAAAGAACCAUAUUCUUUCUAUUGGAAUGGACCUAUUGAUAUGCUUGAAAGGGUGAAACCAGAAGAUGGAUUGGAAUAUGAAGAGAGUAAGGUAGCUCAAAUACAGUUCAAAAAGGAAGUAGUUCAACCACUCUCACCAGAAAAUGCUCUUCGUAUGGAUGUUAACGAAAAAUACUCAAGCAGUAAAGCUGAUUUGGGAACAUCAGUAAUGGGAUAUCCUGAAGCAGUUCAAUCAGAAGAUGAAAUGAUUUGUGAUGAUCGUUAUUUCAUUCUCCAAUAUCAAAAUAUGUCACUGAACAACAAUCUGGUUGAUACUGCUGACUCUGUAUUUUAUUGGAUGCUCCCUUUAGAAAGUCAUGAAAAAAUCAGAAAUAUCAAAGAUGAUAAGAAACAAAUCAGAGUUCCACUAUUCACAACCUUCCAAUGUUGA